CACUCUAAAUUCUUUUUUAGUGCGAAUCGCACGUUUUUCCUUGUAAAUAAAUAAAAAAAUAUAUUAAUCAAAGAUGUUCCGCCUGCAGCAGUCGCAACCCGAUCCCGCCGAGGAGCAGAAGCGCGUGGCAGCCGAAGUCCGCUUCAAUUUCAUCCUAUUUGGAGUCGUAAUAGCCGCUGUUCGCUUGGCUCCCGUGGUCCUGAAGCAUUUAAAUACGGCGUAGAAGUAAAGAAAGAUCGAAGAUGACUAAAAGCUGUCUACUUAUUUAAAAACGUUAUCAAUUACCUAGUUGUUCGAGAAAUUAUAGCAAAAUCCUAAGCAACUGGCACGCGAAAUGCAUUUAUUUAAAAGAACUCUGACCCAUUUGAUGUUUAAAUCGAUGCAUUAUAAAUGUUUGGUAACUGUCGAGCGAACGGAAGCGAAUAAAAAACAAGAAACAUGUAACUUAUAA